UCGACCGUAAAUACCGACUUCACCGUCCGCCUCAUUUCGCAGGUAACGGAGGUAGGGAGGUAGUACCCGCUCAGUAACGGUCUUGCUUUUGACUCAACGUGCUGGCUGGCUGGUUGGUUGGACAUGUCGAAGUGAACGCGAGUUCGCUGGGUCGUUUUAAAGGCGUAAGAGUGUCGUCGUCGAGCCGUCUGCCAUCCGCCGCCCGCCCUGCCGAGAGUCGCAGUCUGAGGGAAGGCGCGGAGAAUGCUAAAGGAUGAGUCAGACGGACACCCUGGUUCAUCUCUUUGCUGGAGGCUGCGGUGGAACUGUCGGCGCUAUUCUGACGUGUCCGCUGGAGGUGGUGAAGACCAGGCUGCAGUCUUCCUCGGUGACUCUCUACAUCUCUGAAGUGCAGCUCAGCGCCGUCAGUGGGGCCGGCGUUGCUCGCGUGGCACCCCCAGGGCCCUUGCAUUGUCUCAAGUUGAUACUAGAGAGAGAAGGUCCUCGUUCACUCUUUCGAGGGCUGGGACCCAAUCUAGUCGGCGUGGCCCCUUCCAGAGCCAUCUACUUUGCGGCCUACUCUACGGCCAAAGAGAAACUCAACGGUGUGCUGGAGCCGGACUCUACGCAGGUGCACAUGGUGUCCGCUGGCUUGGCCGGGUUCACGGCGAUCACCGCGACCAAUCCCAUCUGGCUGAUAAAGACCCGCCUGCAGCUGGACGCCAGGAACCGCGGCGAGCAGCGCAUGAGCGCGCUGGAGUGCAUCCGGCGGGUGUACCGGGCGGACGGCCUGCGCGGCUUCUACAGGGGCAUGUCUGCCUCGUACGCCGGCAUCUCAGAGACGGUCAUCCACUUUGUCAUCUACGAGAGCAUCAAGCGGCGGCUCCUGGAGGCCAGGUCCGGCGGUGGCGUGGACGACGAGGACGAGGUGGCCAGAGACGCGUCCGACUUCGCUGGCAUGAUGCUGGCUGCCGCCACGUCCAAAACCUGCGCCACCACCAUCGCGUAUCCCCACGAGGUGAUCCGGACCCGUCUGCGAGAGGAGGGCAGCAGGUACCGCUCCUUCUUCCAGACGCUGUGCACGGUCUUCCGGGAGGAGGGCUCCGGAGCGCUGUACCGCGGCCUCACCACCCACCUGGUGCGGCAGAUCCCCAACACCGCCAUCAUGAUGUGCACGUACGAGCUGGUGGUCUACCUGCUCGACGGCUAGCCCGCUCACCUGGCGAGUGGGACGGGGGGAGGGGCGGAGAAGACAAGGUCAGGAGGGAGACAGUUGGGGGGGACAAAAUGGAGCCCGACAGAGAGAGACCGUCCCGUUAACGAGACCAAAGGAAGCAGAGAGAAGCGGGAAAGAAGCACCAUUUUGCUCCGGGGCCUCUGGAUGGUGCUGUCGGCACUGAGCAGUAGACACAGCUGAAAUAAGUGAGAGGUGAAUCCUGUUGGAUGGUACGGGUGUUUACAGAUAGCACUCGACAGGAUUGUGAGAGGGAACGAAAGUGAGAAGUGGGGCUGUCUUGUUUCUCAUCCGAAUCUUUAAAUGUGAAGCGGCCCCUUUGCACAGGGCUGUCGCGGGGAAUGCUUGAAGAAAUACGAAGACAUAAGAGAUGAGAUACGGCUAAAUGAAUUCACAGUGAGAGAUUUUUUUGUGGGUGUAGCAGCUGGGUUUAAUGUUUCUCACCUGUCAUUUCCAUAAGAAGCUCAAAUGUUGUCCCAUCUCUAACAACAAAGUAAACAUCAGUGCUCGAUGUGAUCGGUGGCGAACAGUGAGGGAUUCUGGAGUGAGGGAUUCCAGUCCAGGUUUUCAGGUGUCAGUGGCACAAAAGCACAGAAUUUAUCCGAAUGUCUCGAUACAUCAGCGUCCUGAUGCUGAACCAAGUGAAAACGUGCCUCAGACGUAUUUUUUAUUUUUUAUUUUUUUGUGAGCUGUUAUUUCAAACCUUCCCCUCUACAAGUCAAGCUUCCACACUGAUUCAUGACAGGUGGCCCUCAAUGCACAAGAGCCUGUUGGCUGGGGUUUCAUUCAUGGUCAAAUGAUCUGAUUUGUGGUCCUUCAUGUACUUCAAACUGAAGUGUUUCUUUUUGCUUGUUGGUUGUUUGUUCUUAUGUGAUGUUUUUGUUUUUUUGCCAUGCAACAUGUUUUGAUUUCUAAACCUUUUCCUAAUGAUUUUGUUUGCCUAAUAGCCUUCUAGUACAGCCCCUCGGGUGGUGACCCUUGUCCUCGGGUGACCUGGUCCGUCACCGUGGCAUUGCCCUGCGGCUGGACCCCCCCCCCCCCCGCCUGAUUCAAAGAGCGACAGGGUUUUAGGCAAGAACGGAGCAGGAGUACAAAGGAAGCCGAGUAGGGGGAGGAGUCGAUUCCCGUCCCACUUGCUAACUCUUCCCUGUGGGUGCAUAGGCAGCAAAGAUGUGUUCCACGCCUGCCCCAGCUGUGGCUUAAGAUGGUAUAUAUGCACUUUGUGACCUUAUCGGGUUCACGCAGAACUUUGUCUGGUUUUAUGAUCUGUUUAGUUAUGGACUAUUUGGAACUUGUACUAUAAAACGUAGUAUUUACUGAAUAGGCAAGACAGAGUUUUGCUCAGCAGUUCAAUUUGUGGCUGUUCUACAAAUCAGUGUACUACACUUCUAGUGAAGGACAUGCCUCCUAUGUGUGUAUAUAAUAUAUAAAUAUGUGUGUGUGCAUAUCAGAUGUUCAGUGUUCUUAACUUGGCUCAUAAAUUACGCAAGGGGAUGCAGUUACAGAAAUCUGCUUUAGUUUGAUAUUGGACUGUUGGGUUUUGGGGUCUGUUUCAACAUGUUAUGUCCACGUUUGUUAAAUAUUCUGUUUUAGGUUUUGCUGUUCUUCAUCAUCCCGCAUACUGGCCUUCACAUUCUUGUUUUUGAUCUGUGAAAACUUAUUUUUAUCUCGGUCUGUAUGUUUACACGUCCUUAUAUUGUCCUUGUGCUGUGCAGGGAGCUCGAUGUUCAGUGUUUGCGGCGGUAGAGCGCGCCAGAGAGCACCGUUAGAAGAGAGCCUUGAGGUUGUAAGACAUUUGGGAGGGAGCCUCUCCUCUGUCUUUCACAGGCGGGGUGUACUCUCUUAGACUCCCUCCCCAUGACGUCACGCUCAGUCUGUGCUUCUGGAUGACAAGUUCAGACCAUUAGUGGGGUCACAGACCAGGGUUUCCCUUUUCUCAUCAGUAUUAAAAUACACUGCCCAAGACGGGCAGAUAGUCACACUGCACCAUCUCCAGUCAUGUCAUCCUUUGCUGCUAACCAGGCUGUUACCUGUGUUACUGUCAUGAUCUCAUCAGGAACAAGUCCUUGCGCUUGACGUACAUGCCGUCCUGGGAGUGAUGCAUGCUGGGAUCGAGCGUCCUUCGUUAAUGUGCAACAUGUGAAAGGUGGCUUUACCGGGCCCGUUAGAUUUUAGGUGCAUUUUCUGAUUCAGUUACAAUUGGUGUAAUUAACAGUUAAUAUAUAUAUACUAUAAAAAGAACUAAUCAUCAAUUGCCUAUGAAUAAGGAUUAACAAAUGUUUUUUUAUGCUAUGUCCAGAGAAAUAACAGAAAUGUGUUUUAAAGUUUUAAGUAAAUCCUGAAUGUGCAUGGUGCUCAGAAUUACAAUUUGACAAUUGCACUUGUGUGACAUGUGGAUACAAAAACCAAAUGGCAUUACAAAAGAGCUUUUAUAGCCUUUUUUACCUAAGAGAACCGAGUAGUAGCUGCUCUGGAAGGCCUCGGACCUGAGGGCGAGGUUUCACACCGCACGGGGGUGUUGCUCACGUUCAGAGGGGCUCCGUUACCUGUCGUAUGCACCUUGUUUCUAUUUGGAUGUGCGCAUCUUAAUUUUAUUGAUAUUUGAAACCGGUACUGCUCAUCUGGCAUCUGCACACAGUUGAACUGGCUAAACACUAAUGAUGUCCCGUCGACUCCUGUUGUCAUUAGUUUGGUUUUUUUGUGUGUGUUUGUUUUUAUGGUAAAGAUGUAGCCCAUUCUCUGCUGGCUGUGUAAUACCAUACCUCUUUUUUUUUGUACAAAAUGAGUAAAUAAAAACACAUUUAAAAACCCUG